AUGUCCCUGCCGCAGCAGGCGCUGACCCCUGUCCCCCAGCAGCCCUAUGUGCCGCCGGCGCAGCCACUGGGCCCCCCCAGCCCCAGCCCCGCCGGGGGGGCCACGGAUCAGCUCAGCAAGACCAACCUCUACAUCCGGGGGCUGCACCCUGGCACCACAGACCAGGACCUCGUCAAGCUCUGCCAGCCCUACGGGAAGAUUGUCUCCACCAAAGCCAUCCUGGACAAGACGACCAACAAGUGCAAAGGCUACGGCUUUGUUGACUUCGACAGCCCCACGGCGGCCCAGAAGGCCGUGACGGCGCUGAAGGCCAGUGGGGUGCAGGCCCAGAUGGCCAAGCAACAGGAGCAGGACCCCACCAACCUCUACAUCUCGAACCUGCCGCUGGGGGUGGACGAGCAGGAGCUGGAGGCGCUGCUGAAGCCCUUCGGGCAGGUGGUCUCGACCCGCAUCCUGCGGGACCCCCACGGGGCCAGCCGCGGCGUGGGCUUCGCACGGUACGGCGUGGGGGGGCCAAGGGGGCUCUGCUGCGGGCCGAGGGGUGCAUGGGGCAACGGCACCGUGACCUUGGCCUAUGACCCUGCGACAGCGCUGCAGAAUGGGUUCUACCCGGCGCCCUACGGCCUGGCCCCCAGCCGGAUGAUUGCCCCUACAGCCCUGGCCCCCUACCUGCCCUCCCCUGUCUCCUCCUACCAGGUCCACGGCCCCGCCUGGAUGCACCAGUCCUACCUCGUGCAGCCCACGGGCGCGGUGCUGGCCCCCGCUGUGGACCACGCCGUCCCCCUCCAGCCUUCUGUGGUGGCCCCCCUGGCCCAGCAGCUCGGCCACCUCUCGCUGGGCAGCGCCGGCACGGGGUCUGGGGGGCAAACACCCGUCUGA